CAGGACCCCAGACAUGAAGCUCUUCUUCCCCGCCCUGCUGUCCCUCGGGGCCCUUGGACUGUGUCUGGCUGCCUCUAAGAAAAGUGUUCGAUGGUGCACCACAUCACCAGCAGAGUCGUCAAAAUGUGCCCAAUGGCAACGGAGGAUGAAAAAAGUGCGUGGUCCCUCUGUCACCUGCGUAAAGAAGACAUCUCGCUUUGAAUGCAUCCAGGCCAUCUCGACAGAAAAGGCAGAUGCUGUGACCCUUGACGGUGGUUUGGUGUAUGACGCAGGCCUGGACCCCUACAAGCUGCGGCCGAUAGCGGCAGAGGUCUAUGGGACAGAAAACAAUCCCCAAACCCACUAUUAUGCCGUUGCCAUUGCCAAAAAGGGCACCAACUUUCAGCUGAACCAGCUACAAGGCCUGAAGUCCUGCCAUACCGGCCUUGGCAGGUCCGCUGGGUGGAACAUCCCUAUGGGGCUACUUCGUCCAUUCUUGGACUGGACAGGGCCUCCUGAGCCCCUCCAGAAAGCUGUGGCCAAAUUCUUCUCUGCCAGCUGUGUUCCCUGCGUGGAUGGAAAAGAGUACCCCAACCUGUGUCAGCUGUGUGCAGGGACGGGGGAAAAUAAAUGUGCCUGCUCCUCCCAGGAACCAUAUUUUGGCUACUCUGGUGCCUUCAAGUGUCUGCAAGAUGGGGCUGGAGAUGUGGCUUUUGUCAAGGACAGUACAGUGUUUGAGAGCCUGCCAGCGAAGGCGGACAGGGACCAGUAUGAGCUGCUCUGCCCAAACAAUACUCGGAAACCAGUGGAUGCAUUCCAGGAGUGUCAUCUAGCCCGGGUCCCUUCUCAUGCUGUUGUGGCCCGAAGUGUGAAUGGCAAGGAGGACUUGAUCUGGAAACUUCUCGUCAAGGCACAGGAAAAGUUUGGAAGAGGCAAGCCAUCAGCAUUCCAGCUCUUUGGCUCUCCUGCUGGGCAGAAGGACCUGCUGUUCAAAGACUCUGCCCUUGGGUUGUUGAGGAUCCCCUCAAAGAUAGAUUCUGGGCUGUACCUGGGCUCCAACUACAUCACUGCCAUCCGAGGCCUGAGGGAAACGGCGGCGGAGGUGGAGUUGAGGCGCGCGCAGGUCGUGUGGUGCGCGGUGGGCUCCGACGAGCAGCUCAAGUGCCAGGAGUGGAGCCGCCAGAGCAACCAAAGCGUGGUCUGUGCCACGGCCUCCACCACCGAGGACUGCAUCGCCCUGGUGCUGAAAGGAGAAGCUGAUGCUUUGAGCUUGGAUGGAGGAUAUAUCUACAUUGCGGGCAAGUGUGGCUUGGUGCCUGUCCUGGCGGAGAGCCAACAAUCCCCCGAAAGCAGUGGCUUAGAUUGUGUGCAUCGACCGGUAAAAGGGUAUCUUGCCGUGGCGGUUGUCAGGAAAGCAAAUGACAAGAUCACCUGGAAUUCUCUGAGAGGCAAGAAGUCCUGCCACACCGCCGUGGACAGGACCGCAGGCUGGAACAUCCCCAUGGGCCUGCUCUUCAAAAAUACAGACUCCUGCAGAUUUGAUGAAUUCUUCAGUCAAAGCUGUGCCCCUGGGUCUGACCCAAGAUCCAAGCUCUGUGCUCUGUGUGCAGGCAACGAGGAGGGCCAGAACAAGUGUGUGCCCAACAGCAGCGAGAGAUACUAUGGCUACACUGGGGCUUUCAGGUGCCUGGCUGAGAAUGUUGGGGAUGUUGCGUUUGUGAAAGAUGUCACCGUCUUAGACAACACUGAUGGAAAGAACACUGAGCAGUGGGCUAAGGAUUUGAAGCUGGGAGACUUUGAGCUGCUGUGCCUCAAUGGCACCAGGAAGCCUGUGACUGAGGCUGAGAGCUGCCACCUGGCCGUGGCCCCAAAUCAUGCUGUGGUAUCUCGGAUUGAUAAGGUAGCACACCUGGAACAGGUGCUGCCCCGCCAACAGGCUCAUUUUGGAAGAAAUGGACAAGACUGCCCAGGCAAGUUUUGCUUGUUCCAGUCCAAAACCAAAAACCUCCUGUUCAAUGACAACACUGAGUGUCUGGCCAAACUCCAAGGCAAAACAACAUAUGAAGAGUAUUUGGGACCACAGUAUGUCACGGCCAUUGCUAAGCUGAGACGAUGCUCCACCUCCCCGCUUCUGGAAGCCUGCGCCUUCCUGAUGAGGUAAAACUCGAAAAGCCGCCCCGCCUCCCCAGAAGCCUCAGCCCCUGGCUGCUCGCAACCCUGAUCCCAGGUGUGCUGCACCUUCCUCUCCCUUCCUGAGGGCGGAGUUCGCCAAGCUCAUCAGUUUUCACAAUUCCCUGCUGUCAACUUAGCAAGAAAUAAAAUUAG